AUGAGCAACUACAAACGUAAUAUCCUGAAUGGUUUGGAUUGUAAUUCCGAGCAUAAUACUGCUACUGGAAGCUUUGACAUUCAAAAUGAACUAGACCAGGUUGGCUUGGACGCAGCGUCCAAGCUCAUGCCACAAGAACACAUGUCGGAUGAAUGCAACAAUUAUAUUGAAUUGACUCCUACAGCAAGAACAUCACCAUUCCAUGCCUUAUCGCUUCCAAAGAAAUCAGAGCUGCCAUUGCAGCCACCCCAACACGACUCGAAUGUCUUGGCCAAUCCUUUGGGAUCCAAUUCAACUGUUCUUGCACAAACUAUUCAGUAUAAUAAGCCUUUUUUAGAAACUAACCGACCGUCUUUGGAUUCAAGUAAUAUUCAACAUGAGAUUAAUUCAGGAUCCACUGCUACAACUCAAAGUUCAACGCAUUUGCGCAACAAAAACAAGCCCUAUAUUGCUCCUGUCAUUACUAAACCGAUUGCCAACCCCACUAGCAGUACCUCAAUAAAACCCACUCCGGUCACUCAUAAAUCUGAUGUAAAUGAGUCUAUUUCAAGUUUACCGUUAGAUGCUACAUCUCCUGUGCUCAUUUCGCUAUUGAGUCCGACAAAAACACCCAUAAAUGAUGCCUUGUUGCGAUUGAAUCUGGCUGCAUUUUGGCAGUGGAUGCUUUGCUUUUGUAUCGUGAAUUUUGAUUUAGAAAUGGGUCAAGCUUUGGAGCUUGUCUAUCCUCCAAUUGAUUUUACCGAAGGCGAAAAACGAACCAUCGCUUGCUCUGCGUUUCCAGAUUCAAACUCAUUGGACAAUCUUGGAGACUCUAAAUUCACAUUCCGCAUGCGCAAUUCCGACUUCUGCAAUCGGCUCUACUUGAAACAACAGAUCCCAAUGCUGCCAUUAGGCCCAGUAUCACUAAACUCAAUGUUAUCACCAAACUCUGGUCAAUCAUCAUUGUAUACGGAUUCUCUUCAGCUGAAUAGCUCUCACAUUGCACCAUCUAUCGAGUCACAUCAAUCAACACAAAGCAACAUUGGUCUUCCAAUAGAUACGGACGGAUACACAUAUGGAUAUGUGUUGUUUCGGCAGCAGGCUGAUAAUGAAGUUCGACGCGGCUUUCUGCAGAAAUCUUUGGUCCUACUUUCACCCUAUCCCUGGCCUGGAUUGUUUUUAAAGAUUGUAUCACUUUUGGGACCAGAGUUGAUGAGCUCGCUCGUAGCCGAUCGACAAAGUAAUUUGAAAAUGACGAAUUUGAAAAAACAUGAAGAGACUUUGGCAAAGUCGUCCAUGGCGUCUGAUACUGCUAAAUGUAAAUCAACUACAGAAACAAACGUUGCGUUUCAGGGUAUGGCUCUUCUUGAAGCAGCAUGCUUCAAUAUUGCUUCCUGGCCACCCCCACCAUCAACACUUUCACUAGAACUCAACUAUUGUUCAAUCCUUCUUCAACUUCCUUUUUUGGGAAAGGCACAGACGUUUUCGUUUCCGCCUACCAGUCGGUUUCCUCAACUCCACGAACUUCCUCGUCAAGGAAUACCUCCUGUUAUUACUGCUGGCACGGAAAACGCGCCUCCUGCUCUUUGCACAUCUGGACACUUUUUUCAAUUGUUUGAAAAAUCGGUCUCGUCAUUGUGGGUAUGUUGGGAGCUAAUGGUGCUUUCCGAGCCUAUCAUGGUUAUAGGUGAUGUACCUAAAUCAUGUAGCGAAAUGGUAUGGGCAUUGGUUGAGCUAAUUAAACCUAUUCCAUUUGGAGGCGAUUUUAGGCCGUAUUUCACUAUUCAAGACACUGAUUUUCCCCGGUUAAUUAAUCGAAAUAGGCCGCCUCCAUCAGGAACAGUUUUGGGAGUGACUAACCGAAUGUUUCAAACAGCACUUGAAUUUUGGCCACAUACAAUCCGUGUAGCCAAACCACAGUCCUCUACACCUAGUAAAUCAUAUUCCGGCCUUGGUUCAACUAAUUUAGCAUUCAACAAUAAUGGUAGAUUUCUAAUGGAUGCAACUAUCGAGAGUGUUUCGGUAAAGCAUCGACCGUUUUUAUCCAAGGAUAAAAAACUCAUAAAAGAUUUGACAGACGCCGCAAUCAACGGACAGUCUGUUGAAUAUCUUGAUAAUCUUAUUCGUCGACAUUUUAUGGAGCUGACUGAUCGGUUUUUGCAUCCCAUGAGUCGAUAUUUUGAAAGUCUAAUCAUUGGAAACUCUUCGCAAAUGACUCUCUCUCAUUUACGAAGUCGACCUGAAAUCAAACCUUUUCGUCAAAAUACAUUCCUUCAGCAAAUAGAGCAAUCCACUCCCACAUUUCCCGUUGCGGCAAAGCGACCGAUACCUGAACUAUACAGACAGUUUUUAAAAUCGCCUAAUUUUGCUACAUGGCUACAGCAUCGCACCUCAGAAGUUGGGCGAGAGUGGCAAAACAAGUACUUUGAUGUAUUGUGCUAUUCCGAUAUUGCUGCAUGGGUGUGUGACAAACUGGCUAUAGGAGCCAAUGUCGAAUGCAUUGACUUAUAUUUCCGGCUAAAAAACGAAGUGAAAAAAUAUGCUCCGUUUUUUGUAGUUGAAGGGGAUCAAAUCAACUACGCACAUCUGUCUGACCCAUCUUCCAACACUGAAAAACCCUAUUUCACCACUGCUACACCACUAGCGACAUCUGACUUGCCCUGCAAUUCUCCACGAUCACGACCAAACAUUGUUUCCACGACUAAAUCCCUUUCAUUGGCAAGAUCAGCUUCGACUGGAUACUCAGAACCUGAUACAAGCCAAAAUCGGAAUCCUGACUUUGGUGUAGACAUUACAUCAUUGCGUGUAUCCUCUAAUACAUCAUCUCAGCAACGAACCGAUUUUCGAACUCGCCAUGGCUCGAUGGACUCGUUUUACAAGGAUGCGUUCUCUUCACGCUCACAAUCUCGAAACUUGAUGGACCCUAUGCCAAAAAUAUCUGCUGAAAACAGCACUCCCUCGCCUGUUCCACAUACUCGACAUCAGAGCGAUCAAUCACAUCUUGUCAGCACCAAAGGGAUGGGCAGCCGCACGGGAUCACUUACGACUUCGCUGUCGACUAUUUUUAGUUCUGAAAUAGAGACAUCAUCUACUACGGGCCAGACAGCUAUAUUUUCAGCACCUUCUCGUUCAUCCAUAUCUAAUCCUACCAACACGUUUGCUUUGCCUUCGAGAGACACUCAAUUUGGUAUAGCAAGUACUUCCUUUUCCAAUCCUCAAACCAAAUUGUACAACUCCAACAUGUCGAAAUCUUCUCCAGAGCUUAUGAGAUAUUUCUCUCCAGUGCUAUCUCCAGCUGGAAAUCGAAGUAUAAUUGGUGGAUGUAUUCCCUCACCAUUGCAUUAUGCCCGCAUGCAAUCUCAGAUGAAUGCGCUACUAAGUGCACUGCCUCGAGAGUUGUGUUUAUCGCUGUUGCCUAUUAGUGAAGAAACACAAUAA